CGUGCUGCGCACCGACGGAGGGGACAUGGGUAGAGCAAUGGUGGCUAGGCUCGGGCUGGGGCUGCUGCUGCUGGCACUGCUCCUACCCACGCAGAUUUAUUCCAAUGAAACAACUCCUGGAACAACUUCAAGUAACCCCUCCCAGAAUACUUCCAACUUUGGGAUUGCCCCAAAUCCAACUAAUGCCACCACCAAGGUGGCUGGUGGUGCCCUGCAGUCAACAGCCAGUCUCUUCGUGGUCUCACUCUCUCUUCUACAUCUCUACUGUUAACAGACUCAGGCCAAGAAACAUCUUCUAAACUUCCCCAUCUCCU